GAACGGACGGACGACAGCCCAUCGGCAGAAGAAAAAAAAAAAAACACCAUGUGAAGAGAAAGUGUAUAAAAAGGGACACGGAGAGCACAGUUGCGAGGGCGAGAUUGUAUUCGUUCGUCUCACCGCCACCGGAACAGCGUUUUAAAGACUCGGCAAAGAGCGAAUGGACAGAGCGGGAGAGGAGCAGGACAGUCUCACCGACGGUAGCAGACACGUGUACCAUGCCGACAAGCGAUGGCCCCAGCCGCUUCCCGGUCUUUGUGGCUCCGCCUAACGGCAACCACCAGAGGUCUCCAGGUUAUGUCCCCGGGCGGGUGGCCCCAGUCCGCUCGCCGCCACCUGCCAAAGCUCCACCGCCUCCGCCGAUAAAACCUCAUUGUCCCCCGCCGGAGCGACAAGCCACUUUCAGCCUGUCAGAGGAGAACCAGCGCAGGGAGCUCGCUCAGAGCCUCCGACAAAGAAAGAACACAUUUAUCUGUUUUGGAGUGUCGAUCGGGGCUUUCUUCCUCACCCUCAUCCUCGUCCUUAGUCUCACAAGUAGAGAUGUGUUAGACGAGAAUUGUCCGGACCACGACCCAUCCCUUAGUGGCUGGAAUCCAGGCCACCAACCAGAGAAGGCUGUCAUUAUCAAGAGGGGACAUUUGUUUAGGUUGGAAGCGUCUGCUACCUUCCAUUCACUAACCAUUCAGUCAGGAGGUCGAGUAGUUUUUGCAGACAAUGCUGAUGGCUCCAAAAACAUAACCUUGAGAACCCGACACAUCCUUAUAGAAAACGGUGGAGCCCUUCACAUUGGUGCUCCCAAAUGUCGCUACCGUUCUCGUGCCACCAUCGCCCUUGUGGGCCGCUCUGACAACAAGGCAGUCCCAGACGUUCCUGGCCUGGGCCGCAAGUUCAUAGGCGUCAUGAGCGGUGGGACUCUGGAGCUACAUGGUACCGAAAGGGUUUCCUGGUCUCUGCUGACCCGAAGUGUCCCGGCCUCCGGUCUGGCCACAGAGGGUCAUGCCUUCCAGAGGAACUUCAGCCGAGGCAUCAACUUGCGCGUGGUGGACCAGGACACAGCUUAUUUGCUGUUAUCCGAACGCUACGACACACACGAGUCUGACAAUGACAGUCAACGGCUCACCCAGCUGCUGCGCUCCCUGCCAGCCGGCCGCAUUGUCACACUGGCUGUAGGAGACUCGGCUGUCAAAAGUCUUCGGCAUGAUACCAAGAAGGCCAUUGAAGAGACGCUCGGCAGCAGCUUUGUCCGUGAUCUCCAGUACAGACAGGCGUGGGCUUUGGUCUCUGUUGUAGGCGGUGGUAACGCGUCAUGUUCAGAGGACGUUAGGGAGCAUGAAAACCACGACACAGGAGGGAGAGCUCUGGCAAGGCGGAACUUCACCACCGUGGACGGAGUGGGCUUCUCAGUCACCGCCUUCAGCGAGUGGAAGAAUGGUUUCCCCAUCUCAGGCUUCCAGGUGGAUGCUGUGGACCAGGUGGUGCUGAACCUGCAGGAUGAAGUGCAGCAGACCUGGCGACCCGGGGAUCAGAUUGUAGUUGCCAGCACAGACUACUCCAUGCACCAGGCGGAAGAGUUUACCCUGUUGCCCUGCCCUCACUGCAACAGCAGGCAGGUCAGGAUACAAGGGAAGCCUCAGUAUAACCAUGUUGGAGAGAUCAUAGAUGGAGUCGACAUGAGGGCUGAAGUGGCUCUGCUCUCCAGAAACAUUCUCAUCUACGGAGAAAUGGAAAAGUCAUGUUAUGGAAACAACAUGUGCCAGUUCUACAGCCACGACACCUAUGGAGGCCACAUCAAGAUCUUUGGUAACUUCUCAUCGGUGCAUCUGUCCCACGUGGAGCUGAAGAACAUGGGCCAGCAGGGCGAGAAAAGCCGCUACCCUCUCCACUUCCACAUGUGUGGGGAUGUGGACCAGAGGGGAGGCUACCGGGAGCCAACCUAUGUGGACGGACUGUCUAUACACCACUCCUUCUCCCGCUGCCUCACCAUCCACGCCACCAACGGUUUGCUGGUGAAAAACACUGUGGGCUACGACACUUUGGGUCACUGUUUCUUCCUUGAAGACGGGAUUGAGCAGCGUAACACUUUCUACCACAACCUUGGCCUGCUGACUCGACCUGGGACCCUGCUGCCCACUGAUCGCAAUGAGACUCUCUGCACCAGCAUCAAGGACAAAGUCUACAAGGGCUACACACCCUCACCCAGCACAGAGUGCAAGGCAGUUUCAACUUUCUGGAUCGCCAACCCUAACAACAAUCUCAUCAGCAACGCCGCUGCUGGUUCUCAGGACGCUGGCAUAUGGUUUGUGUUCCAUAGCUCUUCCACCGGGGACUCUCAUGGGCUUGUACCAGAGACCAAGGCAGAGCUCACUCCCCUGGGAAUUUUUUACAACAACCGUGUACACUCCAACUUUAAGGCAGGGCUGUUCAUUGAUAAAGGAGUGAAGACCACCAAUGCUAGUGCUGCAGACCCCCGGGAAUACCUGUGUCUAGAUAACAAUGCCAGAUUCCGUCCACACCAGAAUGCUGACCCUAACCGUCCUCGGGUGGCGGCGGUCAUUGACACUCUCAUCUCCUUCAAGAACAAUGACUUAGGAGCGUGGAUACGGGGAGGUGACAUCGUCAUCCAGAACUCUGGCUUUGCAGACAAUGGAGUGGGAUUAUCCUUUGCCAGCGAUGGCAGCUAUCCGAAGGAUGAAGGCUCCAGCCAGGAGGUAACGCAGUCUCUGUUUGUGGGUGAAAGCCGAAACCGAGGGACCAAUGGAGGGCAGAAUAAAUACUGGGGCCCAGGAGGGGCUGAUGCAAAGAUGAGGACACUGCCUAGAAACAGGACGUUCCCAAUCCGAGGUUUUCAGAUCUAUGAUGGUCCAGUGCGGCUUACACAGAGUACAUUUCGUGGAUUCAUCCCCACGCCAGAGCGUUAUACCAGCGCAGUCGGAUUCAACCUGAAAAACACCUGGCAGCUCACCCCACGAAACAACCUGUCCCAGCUCAGCUUUCAGUCCUCUGUGGGGCUGCGGACGUUCUUUGGUCGCCCGGGGCAGUGGUUUGACGAAAACGACCUGGACGGUGACAAAAACUCCAUCUUUCACGAUGUGGACGGGUCAGUAACGGGCUACAGAGACACCUACGUUGGCAGAGCAGACAAUUACCUGAUCCAACAUCCUGGCUGUGUGAACAUGUCUCAGUGGAGUGGGGUGAUCUGCAGUGGCCGCUACGCUCAGGUGUACAUCCAGACCCAGGGAGCCUCCAGCCUCAGUUUAUCCAUCAGCAGAGAUGAAUACCCUGUUGCUCCUCUGCUACUGAGAGGAAUUAACAGCCAGGGGGCGCUGUCUCAGCAGUACCAGCCCAUCCUGAUGAUGAGCAAGAGCUACACUCUGCACUGGAGUGGACCUGCGCCAAGAGAGGUUGUCCUCUCGCUCAUCAACUUUGACAAAGAUGACUGGGUGCUAGUGGGUCUCUGUUACCCAUCAGACACCACAUUUCAGAUCAUGGCCGACAUCAACGAUAGGCAAAGCAACACCUUUGAUGACCUCAAAGACUACGGCACUGUGUCAUCCCUCAUAGAGCUUGAGAAGAGACCGAUGGAGAGGAAGUACUUCUUUGAUCAGACUGUUGGCUUGUUGUGGCUCUACCUUCGGGCCUGGCAUGGUCGUGAGGGUCACAGCUACUGUUCAGUAAAAGGCUGCGAAAGAGUGAAGGUCAUGGCCACCACGUCCUCCAAACAGACCUGUAACUGCUCAGCCAAGGCCUACCCCAAGUACUCAAAGACACCUUCAGCAGUGGUGCCAAUGCCAGCCCUCAGUACACAAUCCUGCAAAGGCUGCGGUGCUAAACAGCUUGUGUUUUCCAGUGAGCCAUGGACCUCCUACCUCCAGACACAAGUCAAGUCACUUAGCAGCAAAGAGGAGCAGAGAGGAGAUAACAGCUCCUUUAUCACUGUGAAUGGGGUAACUAUGCCCUUCUCUCAGCCUGGGUAUUUCCUGGUCUCAGUGGAUGCCUGCUCUGGGAAAGUCACCAAGAAAACCUCAUUUGGCAAGAUGGAUGCCAGGAUGGAACAGUACCUAAAAACUGGAAUACCAAAGAGGUCCAUAGUGCUCAUGGCAACACGAGGUCAACCAGAAGGCCUGGUUGGUGUGGCACCAUAUCUGGUCUCCUUCGGUAUGACCAAAGCUGCUGAUCUGCACAGUAAAGAGAGUCUGACACUUUGGGGGUUCCAGGGUGGUUCUUCCCCCCCUCCGUGGGUCUCGCUACAAACCGGGCAGGGGGAUGAGUUCCUGGGGCUGCAGGAGCGUUAUUUGCCCCUGGGCUUGGAGGCAUACGGCUGUACAGCACCUGCUGCUCAAAAGCGCAAAGACCUGGAGCUGCUUAAAAAGGCCACAGGACUACAAUGACCAAUGUGAAUUACACAACUGAACUACCCAAAACACUCUUGCACACGGAUACACAACACACACAACCAGCUGAUGAAUGUGAACUGCUGAAUCUUUAAUUUAUUAACAAUGGCAAAGCUGUUUACCAAUUUCAAGUGGAGAGAAGGUAUUUUAUUAUGAACGGGGUAUUUUUGUGAUUUUUGUGUGUGUGUAGGUGUAAGUAUGCGUUGGGGCCGUUGAGUCAAUGCACUUUCCUUUUAAAGACACAACUUGCCUUAUCAGCCAAAGUGAUCAAAUGGAGAUCUACAAUAACUCAGUUGUUUAUCUUGGACAACAGAAAACACAAACACAAAUCAACCUGUAACAUCUACCUACCAAUCUUUAUUAUUAUUUUUAUUAUUAAUAUGUAAAUGUAAACAGAAUGAAUGAGAUUGAGUGUGAAAACAGAACAGGAUGGAUUAGAUACACACAGGCCAGUAGGAAAUUAUGAAAAUAAAUUGCAUUGUCCCUGAAAUGAGACCAUGUUCGAUUGGAACUGACAAUGAAAUGAGAUGGAUUGGAUGUGCACAGGUCAAAGGGAAAUAAUGAAAAUAAAUGCCAUUGCAUCUAGGAAUUAAACAGCAAUAUUAAGCCAAAAAUGAGCAUGUAGCGCAAAAACAGAGCCAUUUAUAUUAUUAUAUAUAUUUUAAAACCAAAUCACAACAAGCCAUAUUAAUAUUUAAAUGGUAAUAUAGAUAAUAAUAUAUGUGGUAGCUUGCAGUAAAAUGAAUCUGGCUAUCUUGCCUUUGUGACAUACAAAAAUGUUAAAUAAACAGAUAAGUUACUUCUAUGAGUAAUAAUACAAAUAUUCUAUUUCCACCAAUCCUUACACACAUAUUUUAGCUUUUUUUGUCUGUAACAAUUUAAUCUUUGACUGGAAAACCUCCUCUGAUCAUCGCGCAGCUGUACAACUAAAGACUUUAAGCACCUUUUUAUGGAUUCCUACAUGGACUUACUGGAUCUUUUAUUUCAUUUCUUAAUUUACUGUAUCUCUUCUUAGUGAUGGUGUCAAACGUGCUGGUCACAUGUGCAGCACAAAUAUAUAUAUAUAUAUAUUUUUUUUUUCUUUUUUUGUUUGCCUUCUCAAACAGAAUUGAAUGUUUUACCUUUCAUCUGCCUCAUUCAUGAGCUUUUCAUGUGCAUUAUCAGCAAUACCAUGUUGCAUGAUCCAAUACAGCGUUCCUGUUUAGAGUUGGUACGCUGACUGUAUAGUAGUGAGCAGCAAAAUGCAUACAGAUCACAUACCAGCUGUAGGGUAUAAGGCUAAUCUUUCAGAGGGUGUUUGGAUGUGAGCAGGGCUCCCCCACUGAGCGAUAAGUGACUGUGUGUCGUGUGUGUGUGUGUGUGUGUGUGUGUGUGUGUGUGUGUGAGUGUGAGUAUAUGGCAUGUGAGAUAGACACAUAGAGAUCCUCUGAAGGACAGUUGCCUUGUUGCCUUUUAACCACUCUACUGUUAAAAUGAGAAAAAGAACGAGAAUUAUUUUCCAACCCUUACCUUUUGUUCAAUUGAUGCUUUGAAGAUGCACAACCAGAGUUCUUAAUUUUUUAAUUAGAAGUGGGCUUUGUAAAUAUGGUGUUAAAUGUUAUAACUCAAACUGUACAUGUAACGGAAAUGUCAAACAGGUUGUUGUGUGUGUGUGUGUUUAUUUACUGUGGGUUUUUGUCAAUUGAUAAUUCAAUUGAGGAAAAAAAAGCAGAUUCUUUCAACAUGGAAACUCAGCAUUUGUAUGAAAUUGCGAAUUAAAUAAACAUUUAAGCUUUGUCAUAAAA